AUGCAGCCGCAGCUGCCCCCCGGUGUGGGGAAGCUGAAGUUCGACAUUUACCGCUGCACCGGCGAGGACCCCGACUACCCGGCGCGCGAGCUGCUGUACCACAGCUCGCAGACACGCGGAUGGCAGACCCCCAGGUUCUGCCAGUAUCCGCAGGAGCUGUGGCUGCGCAUGGACCAGACGUGCCGCAUCCACCAGCUCCAGAUCCUCUCGCACGAGUACAAGAUCCUGACCAAGCUCGAGAUCUACGUCGGCACGUUGCCGCCGGGCGCCUCGGACGCGUCCCAGUGCACGUUCUCGCGGCUGGGGCACCUGUCCUUCCACGACAACGAGCGCACGCGGUACCAGGCGCGCGAGCUGAAGACGGUCUCGAUCAACGCGGACGCCUGCAUGAUUCGUUUCCUGAUUCAUAAAAACCACCUCAACAAACACAACAUCUACAACCAGGUGGGCAUCGUGGCCAUCAACGUCAUCGGGGAGACGCUCGGCGGCGCGAGCGUCGCGCAGGCCGCCGCCGGCGCGGGCCACGGCUUCUCCGCGGGACCUAGGCCCGGGCUCGGGGCGCCCGGCGGCAACCCCGCGGCGCAGCUGGCGAUCGACCUCGCGGUGGACGAGGUCACGGCGGAGCGCAUCCGCCGCCUGAACGAGGAGAAGGCGCGCGCCGUGCAGGACGAGAACUACGACCGCGCGAAGGAGCUCAAGGAGGCCGUCGACCGCCUGAAGGAGGUCGGCAAGAAGGUCGCGCAGCUCGAGGCCCGGAAGCGCGCCGCCGUCGAGCGCGAGGACUACGACGAGGCCAAGGUGCUGAAGCAGGACAUUGACAAGCUCCGCGCGGCGGGGGACGUGGCGGCGGUGCCGCACGCGCUCACGCACGACGAGCGGCCCGCGGUGGCGCGGCCGCCGGUGGCGGCGGACGUGGGCGACGAGCGGGGGUCGACGGGAGGGUCGGUGGGCGGUGCGGGGCCGUCGCCGGGCGGGCCGCAGACGCCGCCGGGGCUCGGCGGGGACGUCGCGCACGACGAGCGGCCCAUCGGGGGCGCUGCGGCGAGACACCCCCCCCCGAGCAAGGGGCCGUCGUUCCAGGAGUACGACGAGCGGCCGGCGAUGGCCAAGGCGGCCGGCGCGGGCGGGGGCUACGCGUUCGACGCGAGCGCGGCCGGGCCGGACUCGCGGCCCGGCGGCUCGGCGGGCGCGGGCGGCGGCGGGAAGCCGAAGCCGCCUGGGUGGGCGGCGAGCCUCCCGGACCCGGAGGAGCUGUCGCCGAACAACGCGUCGGACGCGCAGCCGAUCGUGGACGUCGCGGACGAGUUCACGGCGCGGUGCGCGUUCAGCAAGCAGCUGAAGCUGCGCGAGGCGGCGCUGGAGAAGCUGGAGAAGGAUCUGGGGGCGGGGAAGCUCAAGGGCGGCGGUCGGGAGGUGCUGCACGCGCUGGUGGGGCUGUGCGCGCGCGCGUGCAAGGACAAGGUCGGCGCGGUGUACUUCGCGGGGAUGUCGCUCAUGCGCGCGGCCUUCAACGACCUCAGCGGCGACCACGGCAACGUCCUGGCCUCCGGGGUGGCGGAGAUGGUCCCGGCGCUGGUGGAGCGCGCGGGCGACGCGAACACGCGCAUCCGCGAGACCGCGCACGAGCUCGUGCUCAUGCUGGUCAACCACCCCGACGUCGGGCUCGGGGCGUUCGAGGACAAGCUGUGCAAGCCGCCAAAGUCGCAGAACGCCCACAAGCCCGUGCUCGGCCGCCUGCAGCUCCUCGACGCGAUCAUCUCCGGGCACGGCAUCAGCGUCAACCACGGGCAGCCGGGCGUGUCGGUCGACGCGGCCAUGGGGUUCAUCGGCCCCGCGCUGAACUCGCCCAACGGGGAGGUGCGGUCGAUGGCCGUGCGGAUGUGCGCGCAGGCCGCGCAGGACUGCGGCGAGUCGGUCAUCCGCGGGUUCUUCCCGAAGGACCUCAACCCCAAGAUUCAGCAGCAACUCGAUGAGGAAAUGGGAGGGGGCCCGCCCGCCUCGGCGCGCAAGUCCUCCGCAGCGACCCGCCGCUCGAAGGCGGCGCCGCCCGCGGAGGCCGGCGCGUCCGGCGACGACGUCAUGGACGAGGACCCCGCGCCGUACGAGGAGGAGCUGCGCGUGCGCGAGCAGGACCUCGGGCCGGACCAUCCCGAUGUCGCAGAGGCGUGCAGCAACCUGGCGAUCCUGUACAACCAGCGCGCGGACUACGGGCAGGCGCAGCCGCUGUACGAGCGCGCGCUCGCGAUCUGGGAGCGCACGCUGGGCCCGGACCACCCGGACGUGGCCCACACGCUAACGGACCUGGCGGUGUUGCAUCUGGAGCAGGGGCGCGACGCGGAGGGGCGGCCGCUGCUGGAGCGGGCGCUGCGGAUCCAGGAGGCCGCGCUCGGGCCGGACCACCCGGACGUGACGGCGAUCCGGGACGUGCUGAACUCGGAGUGA